UGCCUCCUCCUGCUGAAGUCCUCACGAUCUAUAUCCAUUUCUCUCUAGAGUCCAGUCCCUCACCACGUUGCUCCUAUUCCUUCUUGAUCUUUUAUUUGAAGUCGAUCUUGAUCCCAACUUCUGUUAUCGGUUUCUGUUAUCUGUUUCAAGAUCAACUUUCUUCUUCUUUUUUUUGUUGUCUUUUUCUCUGUAGGGAAGGGAAACCAGGAAACACAAUUGCAUGUUUUCCAUGAUAUUUACUUCCAAGCCUUGAAAUUGUGUUGAAAGCUUCUCGGGUUACUCCUAUAAAAGUCCUUGGACACGUACUCUUCCACAAGUAAGAAAGUAGGUCUUAUCGGAAAUGAGCGCAGAAAGAACCUCUGCAUCUUUCCCGAUCCCAGUCUACACUUGUCGAUCUCAGUCUCGCCCUUGCUUGCUUCUCGAUCUUGUUAUAUUUUAUGUUCAAGUACUGCUGCUACGUGAUUCCCACAUUUGAACACUGAACCGCAACUUCAAAUUGACACCAAACUCAGCAGGACAGUAGGUUCAAUUGGAAAUGAGCACAGAGAGCUCUUCACCUCCUCGGUGGAAAUAUGAUGUCUUUUUGAGUUUUAGAGGCGAGGAUACUCGAAAGGGUUUUACAGACCAUCUAUACACUGCAUUGGAUGAUAAAGGAAUCACAACUUUCAGGGAUGAUCCUGAACUUCGCAAAGGGGAAGCUAUUUCUCCAGCACUUUUUGCUGCAAUUGAAGAAUCAAGAUUUGCCCUCAUUGUUCUCUCACAAAAUUAUGCAUCGUCAACAUGGUGCUUGAAUGAACUUGUAAAAAUUCUUGAAUGCAUGAAAGCAAGAGGAACUGUGCUGCCAAUUUUUUAUGAUGUUGAUCCCUCUGUUGUACGAAAGAAAACAGGGAGUUUUGGUGAAGCCUUUGCUAAUCAUGAAGAAAGGUUUAGCGAUGACAAGGAGAAAGUGUGGAGGUGGAGAUCUGCAUUAACUGAAGUGGCAAGUUUCUCAGGGUGGAAUUCAAAGGAAUGGUAUGAAUCAAAGCUCAUAAGAGAUAUUGUUGAAGUUAUAUGGACAAAAUUGCAACCUACGUCAUUCAGUUAUGCAGAAAAUCUAGUUGGAAUUUUCUCAAGAUUGCAGCCAGUCAAUUUCCUUUUAGAUGUAGGGGUGGAUGACGUCCGCUUCAUUGGUAUAUGGGGAAUGGGCGGGAUUGGUAAGACUACCAUGGUAAGAGCGGUGUAUGAGAGAAUCUCUCGUGAAUUUGAAUUUAGUUUCCUUCUUACCGAUGUUAGAAACUCUGUUGAAAAAAGUGGUCUACUUAAUUUACAAAAGCAACUUCUCUCUGGGAUCUGGACAAAGAAGGCCAACAUAUCAGACUGCCAUGAAGGAGCCACGAUUAUAAGGAGGUUGUUAGGUCACAAAAAAGUUCUUCUCAUUCUUGAUGAUGUGAACCAUUCAAGUCAUUUAGAAUAUUUGGCAGGAAACCCAGAGUGGUUUGGUUCAGGGAGUAGAGUUCUUAUCACAACUAGAAAUGAGCAUUUAUUGAUUAGACAUGGAGUGGGGAGAAGAUUGAAGGUCGAAGAAUUAAAUGAUGUUGAUUCUCUUCAGCUUUUUAGCUGGAAAGCAUUCAAAAGAUGUUACCCCGAAGAAGAUUUUCUUGAUUUGUCAGAAUCUGUUGUAAGUUAUGCCAAAGGUCUUCCUUUAGCUCUUGAAGUACUGGGUUCUUUUUUACGUGGAAGAGAUCUAAGUGAAUGGAACAGUGCACUGAGAAAACUGGGAAGAGUUUGUAACUUGGAAAUCUUUGACAUACUUAAAAUAAGUUACAAUGAUCUAGAUUCUGAAGAGAAGAAAAUAUUCCUAGACAUUGCAUGUUUCUUCAAUGGACAUGAUAAAGAUCGAGUAUCAGAAGUACUAACUAGUUGCGAUUUUUCUGCAAUUAUUGGAAUAAAAGUCCUCAUGGAAAGAUCUCUCCUAACUCUUUCAAAUGGAAGACUAUGGAUGCAUGAUUUGCUCAGAGAAUUGGGUCACGAAAUUGUCCACCAGGAAUCUCCUAAUGAGCCGGGCAGGCGCAGUAGGUUGUGGCAUCUUGAAGACGUCAAACAUGUCGUGACCAAAAAUACUGGUACUGAAGCAAUAGAAGGCAUAUUUGUGGACUCAACCGUGUUAGGAGUAGACGUGGACAUGACUCCGAAAUCAUUUUCAAUGUUGCACAAAUUGAGAUACCUGAAGAUCAAGAAUGGGAACCUGCCUAAGGGACUUGACUAUCUUCCCAAUAGUUUACGGAUUCUUCAUUGGACGGGGUAUCCGUCAAAAUCCCUGCCAUCACAUUUCAACCCUCAGAAGCUGCUCGAACUUAGCUUGUCUCAUAGUUGUAUUAAACAUUUUCGGAUAGGAACAGAGCCUUUAUGCAAUUUGAAAACCAUUAAUCUGAGUCACUCUCUGAAUCUUGUCAACACCCCAAACUUUAAAGGUAUGCCAUAUUUGGAGUUUCUGUUUCUUGAAGGUUGUUUAAGAUUGUAUGAGGUUGACCCAACAAUUGAAGUGCUUGAAAGACUUACUGUGUUGAACUUGAAAAAUUGCAAGAAGCUUGUGCGUCUUCCAAGCAGUGUAGGUGGCUUAAAAUCUCUCAAAGAUCUCAAUCUUUCUGGUUGCUCAAAGCUUGACAAAUUGCCUGAUGAGUUGGGUCAUGUUGCUUGUUUGGAGAAGCUUGAUUUGAGUGGAAGUGGCAUAAGAGAAGUGCCCUCCUCUAUUAGUCUUUUGAAAAACCUCAAAGAUUUCUCUGUUGCUGGAUGUAAACCGCAGUCACCUAAAUCAUGGAAUAUGAUGUUCAACCUUUUUCAGUUAUUGCGAAAAAGUAGUCACAUUCGGGUAGGAUUGUCGUUGCCUUGUUUGUCUGGUCUGCAUUCAUUAACCAAACUGGAUCUAAGUGACUGCAAUCUUUCUGAAGAAGCAAUGCCCAGUGAUUUUGGAUGCUUGUCUUCGUUAAGACAAUUAAAUCUUAGCAGAAAUCAAUUUGUUAGACUACCUGGGAGCAUCGGCCAACUCCCUAGACUUGAUUAUCUUCGCUUGGAGCGGUGCCACAAGCUUCGGACAAUACAAGAGCUUCCAUCUCAUGUAUGGGUAAACGCUAGCAACUGCAUUUCAUUAGAAACGUUGGCCAAUCAAAUAGGACAACGGAAUUCAGUGGUAGAAGGAAAUUUUGUUAACUGUUUCAAAAUGGUGGAGAAUGAAAGCAGUAAGAGUGUAGCAGUUUCAUUGCUAACACGCUCCAUUGAGAGUAAAGUAUUUUGUUGCUCUAACCAAUCUCAGUUUGUUAUUCCUGGAAAUGAAAUACCAGAGUGGUACAAUCACCAGAGUGUGGGGUCUUCGAUAACUGUUGAGCUGCAUCCAGGUUGGUUUAGUAACAAGUUUAUGGGAUUCUCCUUCUGUGUUGUUUUUAGACUCCUCAAACCGCUCUCGCUUGAGUGGUUCUUUAAUUGCGAACUGAGUGCCAAUGGAAAAUUCUUGCGCGAAGUCGGUAGAGUGUUUGGUGAAGAGUGGGGUCAACCUGUGUUGGAUCACAUUUGGUUCGUUUAUGUGCACCGUCGUUGGUACUCUAAACAAGAGUGGCAGGAUAUCCACUAUCAGCUUGUAUUCUCAUUUAAAACAAACGGCCGCUCGAAAAAGGAAAGAAUCGAUGAGGAAAUUGUGCAAGUGAAGAAGUGUGGGGUCCGUGUGGUAUGUGAGGAAGAUGUGGAGGAGCUUUCGGAAACAUUAUUGAAGCAGAACAAUGUUGGCAUUAAUAUCAAGCGAGGCCUUCAACACUAUGAUGAUGAUGAUGCAGCAUCUAGUAGUGCAGGUCAAGCUCAUCCCAAAAGAAUUAAACAUCACCACGGCACAUGACCCAUUAGAAGCCCUUAUAUUCAUGACCAGAAACAUGGCUCUGGAGGAAUGUGAUGAUGGCUUCCAUCUCCUCCAAUUCUUAGCACCAGAUGGACGGAAAGCUAAAGCAAACCAAAAACACAAUCCCUAAGCGACGAAUUCAAAUUCCGAAUUGAAGACCCAGGGAGGUUCGAGCUGCAAGAACUAAAGCAGAAUCGAGAGGAGCUCAAACCUGAAAAAAGUUCAAUCGAGAGCGAAUUGUGACGAAGACGACGAAUCAGCAACCAUUUGAGAGAAAUUGAAGGUUGAAGGAUGAGAAUGAACAGAGCGGCUUCGUCUGGAAGAAGAAGAGAAGAGAGCAGAGGGAUCUGGGUAGAAGAAGAAGAGAUUUCGAAUCGCAUUUUCAGAGUAGUAUAUCAAAAAAGUCCUCUCCAUAAGUCUUUCCCAUCCACUGAUAUUCAAGUCGACAUCAUUCUCUAUUUCUUCAGAAAUCAUCCUCGCAGAACAAGGGACGGGAAAGUCUCUCAGGGAAAUUGUCAACCUGGGCAGUCUAUUAAUAAGAGGAGGCUUACAAGGUUCAAAGAUCGGUUCAGAGAGAUGACACUGUAGUUUGAACAAGUCAUGCUUGAAGAUGAUGAUGAUGAACGAGUUGGGGAAAAUGUAUCAGAAAAUUAACAACAACAACAAGAAGAGGAUCAGAUUAUCAAUACUUAACUUACUGAUGAGCAUGUUCAAGGUCUUGAAAACACUGCAGUCACUAAGUUACACAUUGCUAAAGGACAACCUGCACCAUCUGUGGCUCUCCUCAGCAUUCAGUUUACAAGACUGCACCACUGGCUUCAGAUUAGAAUGACUUUUCACAGUCCAUUGCCAAUACAGUUGAAAGGCCUGUAGCAGAGACAGCAGGAAGUUUCUGGCCUGGAAGAUGAAGGUGAACCUCUUGGCUUCCUUCAAUUGUUACCAUUGAGCUUUGGGGAUUCAGCCUUUAUGAGUUAUACUGCUCUAUUCUUUUGUAAUGGGGUCAAAGGGUCAUAUACUUUGUUGUUACAUACAUUUGAUUUUUGAUAUAUCUGAUUGGCGCCAUACUGAUUUUAACAAUUUUCUUUAAAUAAGGCCAUUGACAACAAUAUUUAGAAUAUGUUAUUUUGUAAUAUGCAUAAAUUUGAUAACAUUUGUGGUUGA